AACCUAAACCUGAGUCCCAGCUGAACCUGAGCCUGAGUAUCAACAGAACCUGAGUACCACCAGAACCUAUCCACCUUCAUCAUGAGCAUCUUCUCCGCCCUCACCUCCACCUCUUCCUGCCCCCACCUGUACCACGGUUACCCCAGCAACGCCUCGAACGGCUCCACCGGGAUCAGCCACGUGAUCCUGCGCCACUACAACCACACGGGCCGCCUGCAGAACCGGACCAUCUCCAACCAGCAGAGCCACAUCGGCGCCACCGCGGCCGUGCUCCUGUUCUUCAGCGUGCUCAUCAUCCUGGAGAACCUCCUGGUGCUGGUCGCCGUCGUGUCCCGCAUCCGCCGCAGCCGCCGCUGGGUCUACGUGUGCAUCGCCAACAUCACGCUGAGCGACCUGCUCACCGGCGCCGCCUACCUGGUCAACAUCUGCAUGUCGGGCAGCCAGACGUUCCGGCUCAGCCCGGCCCUGUGGCUCUUCAGGGAGGGGCUGCUGUUUGUGGCGCUGGCGGCCUCCAUCUUCAGCCUGCUGCUGAUCGCCGUGGAGCGCUACACCACCAUGAUGACGCCGGGGCCUCAGAAGUCCACCAGAACCACCUACUACCGGAUCUACGGCCUGGUGGUGCUCUGCUGGCUGCUGGCGCUGGUGAUCGGCUUCCUCCCCCUGCUGGGCUGGAACUGCGUGUGCAGCCUGGACGGAUGCUCCACCCUCCUGCCCCUCUACUCCAAGACCUACAUCUUCUUCUCGCUCAUCAUCUUCUUCCUCAUCCUGCUGGCCAUCGGCGUGCUCUACGGCGCCAUCUACUGCCACGUGCACCGCAGCGCCCGGCUGGGCCCUCAGCGCAGCCGCAAGCGCUCGCUGGCCCUGCUGAAGACGGUCAUCACCAUCGUGGGCGUCUUCCUGCUGUGCUGGGGGCCGCUCUUCAUGCUGCUGCUGGUGGACUACUUCUGCGCCUCCCGCCAGUGCGCUCUGCUGUUCAGCGCCGACUUCUGCAUCUCCCUGGCCGUCCUCAACUCCGGCCUGAACCCCGUCAUCUACGCCCUGGGCAGCAGCGACAUGAGGAAGGCCAUGGCCGAGCUGCUGUGCUGCUGCUGCCUGCGGGUCGGCCUGUGCCACCCGGACACCUUCACCUCCAAGGACACCAGCAGCACCUCGGAGACCCGCAGGGACAGUCUGAGGAACAGCUUCAACAAGAUCCGGAACCUGAGCGUGGCCUCGCCGCCCUCCAGCCCCACCAAGCCUCGCAGGACGCCCAGGAAGAGCCGGCUCAGCACCACCACCAGCUGCCUGUCGGUUUCUAGCGGUUAGACCACAAGCAGCUCCCCUCCCAGAGACAGGGCCGUGUGCACUGACACACAUCCAACCGUUUCCUCUGAGCUCUGGUGUGAACGUUCACGGCUCUGCAGAGACGCGUUUGCACUGAUGGUUAAACUGUAAGAACAGCUGAUGGAAAUAUGAAGUUCUCCUUUAGUCUGCACUGACGGCACUAGAAGAAGGAGAGACGUUCAUGGAGACGUCUGGGACUCUUGUUACUGUGAUGAAGCUGAGUUUGUGUUGAAUGCAUUAAUGUACACAAUAUCAGGGAAAAUAUAUCCGAGGUUCUCAAUGAAGAAGCACAAAGGGUCUGUUUGAUCCUGUGUACACUGUAAAAAAAAACAAGGGAAAGUGCAGAAAUAUUAUGAAAAAAAAGGAUAAAAAUCUAGAAAUAAGUGGUGCAAAAAUAAUAU